CUUGUUCCGGCCAUCCUCGGCACCUUCUAUUACCUGUGGCAGGACAGCAAACCUUCCUCCUCCUCCUCGUCGUCGGGCUCCCAGCUGAAGAACCACGGGCAGAAAGGGAGGCUGGAGGAGCGCACUCUUCCUCUGAUCGUAACUCAUGCACCAAAGCUGGAGCAGCAGAGUCAGCUCUUGGGCCAGUUUGAUGAAAAGGCUUUUCUAUCCAGUAAGCAGCUGAAGGCAGGUGAGGAUCCGUACAGAGAACAUGCAUUCAACCUGCAGGAGAGCGACCGACUUGGCAGCGAACGCGCCAUCAGAGACACACGCCACUAUCGAUGUGCCUCCAUGACCUUUGACCCUGAUCUGCCGCCCACCAGCAUCAUCAUCACUUUUCACAAUGAGGCGCGCUCCACCCUGCUGCGCACUAUUAAAAGUGUACUGAUGAGAAGCCCACCUCACUUGAUACAGGAAAUUAUUCUUGUGGAUGACUUUAGCUCCAACCCUGAAGACUGUCGACUGCUCUCUCAGAUCCCGAAGGUGCGCUGCCUGAGAAACGAGCGCCGGGAAGGUCUGAUCCGGUCUCGUGUCAGAGGGGCGUCUGCGGCUUCGGCCUCCAUCCUCACCUUCCUGGACAGUCACUGUGAGGUCAACACAGACUGGCUGCAACCCAUGAUCCAGAGAGUCAAAGAGGAUCACACGCGUGCGGUCAGUCCCGUCAUUGAUGUGAUCAGUCUGGAUAAUUUUGCCUACCUGGCCGCUUCUGCAGACCUGAGAGGAGGUUUCGACUGGAGUUUACACUUCAAAUGGGAGCAGAUUCCUAUAGAACAGAAAAUGGCUAGAAAUGACCCAACACAACCAAUCAGGACUCCUGUAAUUGCUGGAGGAAUCUUUGUCAUGGAUAAAGGCUGGUUUAAUCACCUGGGCCAGUAUGACACUCACAUGGACAUCUGGGGUGGUGAGAACUUUGAGCUGUCGUUCAGAGUGUGGAUGUGUGGCGGCAGUCUUGAGAUUCUGCCCUGCAGUCGCGUGGGCCACGUCUUCAGGAAACGCCAUCCUUAUGACUUCCCAGAGGGCAACGCACUCACCUACAUCAAGAACACGCGGAGAGCUGCUGAGGUCUGGAUGGAUGAGUAUAAACAGUAUUACUACGCCGCAAGACCAUCAGCGCAGGGCAAGGCCUUUGGGAGUAUUGCAGAUCGGCUUGCAUUAAGACGGAAGUUGAACUGUAACUCUUUCCGCUGGUAUCUUGAGAAUGUGUAUCCUGAACUCAAAAUCCCAGAGCAGGAAGCGGUGUACAGUCUCCUGAAGCAGGGUGGCUUGUGUCUGGAGAGUCACGGCACAGACAGUCUGGGUUUGGCUGAGUGUAAGACCACACCGAACAUCCCUGCCUCACAGAAGUGGACCCUGAUUGAACCACAGAUCCGUCAGCAUGACCUAUGUCUGGCCAUCACAGCUUUCACUGCAGGGUCAAAGGUCAGACUGGAGCCCUGCAACAUCAAAGAGUCCAGACAGAAAUGGAAGCCCAGAGGUCCAGCGCUGCAGCACAUGAUCAGCGGCUUGUGUCUGGAUAGCCAGCCUCCUUCAGACCCGCCACUCGUCGCACAGUGCCGCCCCCAGGUGGCCAGCCAAUCCUGGGAGCCGCAGCUGGUCACCUGACUCUGAGAGCUGAUGGGGAAGGCAGGGAAAGGGGAGGAAUUUAGUCAGGUCGCUGAGCUCCAGGUGCUGUAGGAGCCAGAGGAAAAUAUUUGCACACUGUUUUAGUUGAAGGUGCUGCUCUCAAACCAAUCGAACAUGACCCUGUCCAAAACAUCUGACCUCAUUUCUUUAGCAUGGAAUAGCUGGAGAGGGAGAAGCAACAUUUCGCCUGCCAAAUCGAAACACGUUUUCGGACGUGGCCAUGAAGUUCACACGGCAUGGUUUUGUCAGUUGACAGGAGUGCUUUGGGAUAUCUUGGUUUAUCUUUCUGAAUGUUGUGUAAAGGACUCAAAUUCCAGAAAAAAAUGAUGUGUAUAUAAAUGCCUUUAUCUAGCUUUCAGACCCAUAACCUGUAUAUUCCCUCAUUCCCACUGAGACUGUGGUGUUUGCAGCAUAGGCUUCAGUAGCUGUUCUCACGAAGGUCUGAGUUGUUUUACUUCUAUCACUGUGGAAGGUUUACGGUUGAUUUGUUCAGUAUUAAAUUGGGAUGAAGUGCAGUGCCUUGAGAUGAAUCUGCAUAUACUGUGGAAGUGGUCGGCUUUAAAGGGGUCAUAGGAUGCUACAUG